AUGUCCCCUCAGUGUCCCCAGGCGGUGACGCUGGGCCGGCGCGGGCUGCUGGCGCCGUGUCCCCAGGCGGUGGCGCUGGGUGGGCGGGGCCUGCUGGCACCGUGUCCCCGGUGUCCCCAGGCGGUGGCGCUGGGCCGGCGCGGGCUGCUGGCGCCGGCGGUGGCGCUGGGCCGGCGCGGGCUGCUGGCGCUGGUGGCGCGGGGGCUGCGGGCGCUGCGCUGGCGCUCGCUGGUGCUGCCGCGGGACCUGCGGCACCGCGGCGUGGCGGCCACCAGGGGGCACCACUUCGGCAGCGACGCCACCCGCGUGUGGCGGGCCAUCCGCAGGUUUGUCACCUCCAUCGUGUCCCUGUACUAUCGCUGUGACGCCGACGUCCAGCAGGACCCCGAGCUCCAGGCCUGGGUGGGCGAAAUCUUCACCAGGGGCUUCCUGGGCAGGAGGAGCUCAGGUGUGCCCUCCCGCCUGGACUCCGUGCGCGGCCUCGUCACCUUCGUCACCACCGUGAUCUACACCUGCUCUGCACACCACGCGGCCACCAACAGCGGCCAGUUUGAGCUCUCGGCCUUCCCCCCCAACGCCCCGGCCGCCAUGCGGGCGCCCCCUCCCCAGUCCAAGGCCGCCCUGAGCGAGCGCGAGUUCCUGGAGGCUCUGCCGGCCAUGAACACCUCGGCCACGGUGCUGGCCGUGCUCUGGGUGCUCAGGAACGAGCCCAUGGACAUGCGCCCCCUGGGCCGUUACCCCGACCGUCACUUCACCGAGGGCGCCCCCCGGGCCCGGAUCCGGCGCUUCCGGCGCCGCCUGCGCCGAAUCUCCCGCGGGAUCCGGGCCCGGAACGCGGCCCUGGAGAGACCCUACCCCUACCUGGACCCCGAGGGCAUCGAGAACUCCGUGGCCAUCUGAGAG